CACACUCAGUACUUGGAAAAGGCUCCAACAAGCUAGCUCUCGUAUCCUCCUUGCAAAUGGUGGAGAUGGCCAGGCCGGCUCUUGUGUUCGUGUGCUGCUUCCUGCUGCUGGCGUCCGCCGCCGUUGCACGCGGUCUCGGCGACGGCGAGCCUCUCAGCGGCCGGAAGAAUGCAGCGCGCCGUCUAGGCGAGGGCGAGCCUUUCGGCGCCCGGAAGAACCCCGCCGAUCCACACAGCUCACACGGGACUCCGAACUGCUCGCCGGCGCCGCCACAGAGCGGUGGCGGAGGCUACAACCCACCCUCGCCAUCCACCGGCGUGUCCCCAACCACGCCAGGUGGUGGUGGUGGUGGCUACUACCCGCCCUCGCCGUCCGUCGGCACCCCGUCGCCGGACAUCGACACCUCGCCGACCACGCCCGGUGGCGGUGGCGGUGGCUACUACAACAACCCGCCGUCGCCGGACAUCGGCACUUCCCCAACCACACCGACAACGCCUGGAGGCGGUGGUGGAUACGGUGCUCCUCCGACCCCGUCCUGCGGCACCUCCCCAAGUACGCCUGGCGGUUGUGGUGGGUACAAUGCUCCCCCGUCACCCUCCAGCGCCACGUCCCCAAGCACGCCUGGCAGUGGCGGCGGAUAUGGUGCUCCGCCGUCGCCGUCCAGCGACACAUCUCCAAGCACUCCUGGCAGCGGCGGCGGGUAUGGUGCACCUCCUUCGCCGUCAAGCGGCAUCUCCCCAAGCACGCCCGGCAGUGGUGGCGGGUGCGGUGCUCCCCCGUCGAGCGGCACCUCCCCAAGCACGCCCGGCAGUGGCGGCGGAUGCGGUUCUCCACCGUCGCCAUCCAGCGACACCUCUCCAAGCACGCCGGGUGGCGGCGGCGGGUACGGUGCUCCCCCCUCACCGUCUAGCGACACCUCUCCAAGCACGCCUGGUGGCUGCGGCGGGUACGGUGCUCCCCCCUCACCGUCUAGCGACACCUCUCCAAGCACGCCUGGUGGCGGCGGCGGGUACGGUGUUCCUCCCUCACCGUCCAGCGACACCUCCCCAAGCACGCCUGGCGGUGGCGGCGGGUACGGUGCUCCUCCCUCACCGUCCAGCGACACCUCCCCAAGCACACCCGGCAGUGGCGGCGGGUACGGUGCUCCUCCUUCGCCGUCGAGCGGCACCUCCCCAAGCACUCCAGGCAUUGGCGGCGGGUGCGGUGCUCCCCCGUCCCCGUCGAGCGGCACGUCUCCAAGCACGCCCGGUAGUGGUGUCGGGUGCGGUGCUCCCCCGUCACCGUCCAGUGACACCUCCCCAAGCACGCCUGGCGGUGGCGGCGGGUACGGUGCUCCCCCUUCACCGUCCAGUGAUACUUCCCCGACCACGCCCGGGGGCGGCGGCGGCGGGUACUACGGCCCUCCCUCGCCGUCCUCGGACACCUCCCCGACGACGCCGUCCACACCUAGCGGCGGGUACUACGGCGGCCCUCCUUCGCCGUCCAGUGACACCUCGCCGACGACGCCCAGCAUCACGCCGACUCCGGACGUGCCGUUGCCGCCUAUCAGCACGCCGCCGACGCCGUACUCUCCGCUGACGCCCACGCCGACCACUCCGACGCCCUACGACCCCAACACCCCGCCCUUCACCGGCCCGUGCACCUACUGGAUGACGCACCCGGGCCUGGUGUGGGGCCUGUUCGGGUUCUGGUGCCCGCUGGUGCGGCUGUUCGGGCCGAGCGCGGCGGUGCCGUUCGGGCGCGACCUGACCGUGCCGGAGGCGCUGGCGAACACGCGCCAGGACGGCGUGGGCGCGCUGUUCCGCGAGGGCACGGCGUCGCUGCUCAACUCCAUGGUGAGCGGCGGCCGGUUCUCCUUCACCACGCAGGAGGUGAAGGACGCGUUCGGCGCCGCGCUCAGCUCGGGCGACGACGGCGCCGCCGCGGCGCAGGCGCAGCUCUUCAGGAAGGCCAACGAGGGACGCGUCAAGUAGAACUAGCUAGGCGUCGCGGCCGUAUGCCCUGUAGGCCGUAGCGGGCAAGGCAUGGUAAUGCAAUGGGAGUGCUAUCUAUGAGUGUGCGAGCAUGCACGGAGGUAUUAGAUGCGAGUGCUUCUGCUGCUCUCGUUUUUUUCUGAAGUUGUGAUCUUUUAUUUACUUUGGGUGCAUCAUGUGAGCAUUAGCCAGGCAAUCACGCCCUAGUGUAUGUUUAGUUC